ACGUAAAUCUUCAUUGACAUGACUUGUCACGUGACUGACUCGGCUUCCAGGACAAUAUAUCGUCACUCCCCUGCUACGAGUAAAGACACACCGCUCAAAGUAUGCAGAACAAUAAUCUGAUAAUCUCAUCAGCAUGUACUACAACUCUGGAUCUGCGGUGCGGUGUAUCGGGCACUAGAAUUAUCUCAUCUUGGCCAUGUCCGACGGCGAUGGUCACGGCGAUCCGUUAACCGAAGCUGGCCACCCGAUAAAUGAUUCCCUCGACCAACAUUCUCAGCUCGACUCGACAGUCACAGCCAGAUAUGCGUCCCACGCGAUGGAUACCGAACCCCAUCAGGGUUAUUCACAAAUGGAUAACGAUGAACAUGAUCACAAUCAUGACACCUUUUUCGAUGGGUCCGCGAUGAUUCACGCCGCCUUUGCUGCUCAGGCUAUCGAGCUAGCAGAGAGGGAACGGCAAGAGGCCGAUCACUAUGAGCCGCAAGCUGGCAGUAUUCAAGGCGUGGGCGAGGAAGUGCUCGGAUAUGGGACAUACUCGUACGGUCGAGCUGGACAGGCGGAUGCUGUGGUGACCGGGUCACUGCCGCUGCGUCAAGAGGAUUCAUACCGAACUUCCAAGAAGAGAAAGCUCACAUCUGGCCGAGCCAAGAAGACGAAAAGCAAAGGGAAAGCGACAGACGAGCAUACCGGUGGCAGUCUGAUAUUCACGGGAGAUGCGGCUCUGGGAUUGGACGUCUGGCCGAUGGAAGAUAGCGAUCAAGCGCAGCUUGAAGCUUCGCCGCACGGCAUCGCUUCCAAGCGUCAGUCUCCCGCUGAUAUAGCGACCAAGAAACGACUACACAUUACAGCCGAACAAAAACGCCGAGCCGCAAUCAAAUCGGGAUACGAAGCUUUGUACCGUGUCAUUCCGGCUCUCCGCGAUGCCGAUUUGAAGGAGGGCAAAGGCAGAGGUGGUAGCGGGCCGGGAGGUGGUGGGUCCCGUACCAUUAGGAACGACGAGCAUAAUGGACAGACGUCCGCACAGACCACUGAGUCACGGACAGCUUCUUCACGCCGUGGUGGUCAAUCGAAAGGCAGCAGUCUUAGUCCUGGAGGCAUCGGGGACGGCAACGACGACCGCAAAGCUAAUAGAUCCUAUCCACAUCACCAACAAUACGACGACCAAGGAAGACCGAUACGCCCCGGUGUUCGAUCAAUAUUCCCUCUUGUCAGACAGCCAGGGAGCGAAGUGACAGACGGGAGACAGGGGCCGCGCAGCGAGAGCGUGGUGCUUCAGCAAACUGUCCUGUAUCUGCGCCGCGAACAAGUGGAUCGAUUGGAUCUGAUGCAGCGCUUGCGAGGUCUACGUCGAUUUGCAAAGCGGACACUUCCUCUUGAACAACACGAACAGCUGGGCCUCAAUCCGCGUCGGGCAGGGGUGGACCAGUUACAUUCCGAAUCGACUAACGGGAGAAUCGAGAGCGAUACUACCCAGUUCUCGAGCGGUUUUGCGCUCACAUCGGAUUAUGGCAGUCGCGAAUUCGUACCGGAUAGCGAGAAGCACGGCGAGCGAAGCGAGGUGCCGACGCAGUCCGAUGUGUCAAAUCGAGCGCGGAGUAUACCAUAUCCCACGACGCUCGAAGCCGCAUUGGUCGACGAUCAACGAUCGCCGAGGCGAGCGGGACUGACACUCCAUGUGAACUUGGAAGAUGCCCCGCACCACAUUGAAGAGCGCGCAGAUCGAGACUCUUACCCGCCCCCCCUCGAAGCACAGGCACAUAGCGACAAUCCAUCUGUUCCGGACGUGUCGGAGAUAAAAAACGUCAUGAUAGAUUGGGAAGGCGAAUGGACUGGCGGGGCUUUUGUAGAAGGAGACGACCUGGAGGCAUAA